AUGGUUGAGACAGGUCGUCUAUUGUUUGUCAGAACCCAACAGAAAAAAUUGCAUGCUGAAAUGUAUAGUGGUUUGGCGGAGGCUGUACUGCGAGGUGAUACAGAUGGUUCUAUGCAUGUUACUGAUCCUUGCUAUUAUGAGAAUGUGAAAGAGUAUAUGGUGCAUGGACCAUGUGGUGUUGUUCGAAAGUCUUCUCCUUGCAUGCGGAACGGAAGAUGUUCAAAAUACUUUCCGAAAAAAUUUGUGGGUGCCACAACGUUUGAUGAUGAAGGUUAUCCUAUUUACAAACGUAGAGAUAGUGGUCGUGUUAUUAUGAAAGAUGGGAUGCCCUUAGAUAAUAGAUACAUUGUUCCACACAAUCGUGCACUACUUAUGAAAUAUGGUGGUCACGUUAAUGUUGAGUGGUGCAAUCAAUCGCGAUCCAUUAAGUAUUUAUUUAAGUACAUAAAUAAAGGUCAUGAUCGCGUGACUACAUCUUUUUUCCAGUUUGGCGCAAAUGGUUCUGAUCAAUUACAGGAUGAAAUUAGUUUGUAUUAUGAUUGCAAAUACAUUUCGUCAUGUGAAGCUGCUUGGAGAAUUUUGGGGUUUGAGAUUCAGUAUAAGGAUCCGUCCAUUGAAAGAUUGAGUUUUCACCUUCCUAAUGAGCAAAGUGUUAUUUUUUAUGAGAGAGAGAGUUUGGAUAAUGUUUUGAAUCGGAAUACAAUUCAUCAGAGCAAGUUUUUGGGUUGGAUGGAUGCAAAUAAGAUUUAUUCUGAGGGUCGUGAUCUCACUUAUGGUGAAUUUCCUACCAAAUUUAUGUGGAAAACAGAUCAUUGGCAACCUAGAAAGCAACGUUUCUCCAUUGGGAGGUUGUUUUAUGUUCCUCCCAGUUCUGGUGAUAUCUAUUAUCUGAGAUGUUUGUUGAAUAUUUUUAAAGGAGCUACAUCAUAUGAAGACAUUAGACGUGUGAAUGGUGUUCAGUAUGAUACAUUCCGAGAUGCCUGUUUUGCUUUAGGGUUGUUGGACGAUGAUAAGGAAUAUGUUGAUGGCAUUAUUGAGGCAUCAUUUUGGUCUUCUGUCCAUUCCAUAAGAUUGUUAUUUGUUAGUUUGUUGACGUUAGAAUCUAUUUCUAGACUGGAUUUUGUUUGGCUAAGUUGUUGGAAAUACUUAUCUGAAGAUGUUUUGUAUAAUCAACGAAAAUUGAUAAGUCUUCCAGGGUUGUUGUUGAGUGACGAGGAUGUCCAAAAUUUUGCUUUGGUGGAGAUUGAGAAAUUGUUGUUAAAUGUUGGGAAAAGUUUGCGUGAUUUCCAGGGUAUGCCUUAUCCGAAAUCUGAGUUUUUUGAAACAUUUGAAAAUAGAUUGAUUUGCGAUGAGUUGUGUUAUGAUCGUGAAGCUUUGGGAAGAGAACAUUUGGACUUUCUUUCUAAGUUUACCGAUGAACAACUUCAUGUUCAUGAUACUAUUAUGUCAUCUGUUUACUCAAAUGGUGGAGGAAUGUUUUUUGUCUAUGGUUAUGGAGGUACUGGUAAAACUUUCAUUUUGAGGUCUUUGUCAGCUGGGAUUCGUUCGAGGAGUGAAAUUGUUUUAAAUGUGGCAUCCAGUGGCAUAGUUUCUUUGUUGUUGCUUGGAGGUAGAACAACACAUUCUCGCUUUAAGAUUCCUAUCAAUGUUGAUGAAGAUUCGAUGCAAAUCUUGUCUGUUGUUCCAAAGGAUAGUAGGCAAGAUGAUGUGAAUGUUGUUAUCAACUCUUCUUAUCUUUGGAAGUAUUGUACUGUUUUGAGGCUUACAAAAAAUAUGAGACUGCUGAGUGCUGGAUCUUGUGAUGAAGCAGAAUGUUUGAAGGAAUUUUCUUCUUGGGUUGCUUCAAUAGGAGAUGGUGUUCUUGGUGGUCCAAAUGAUGGUGAAGUGAUUGGUCUUCCUUCUUACAUUAUAUAUCCAUCUUAUAUGAAUCAUGAAGAGUUGAGUGGUUGCUUGCGUGAUCGUGCAAUACUUACUCCUACGUUGGAGAUUGUUGACGAGGUUAACCAAUUCAUGAUGUCGUUGGAUCAGCCUGAAGGUACACCUAACCAUGAAUUAUUGCUGAAAGUUGGUACUCAUGUCAUGCUGCUAGGGAAUAUAGAUCACUCGAAUGGAUUAUGUAAUGGCACAAGAUUGCUAAUUACAUGA